ACACUCCGGUAAAAAAGUUGUUUUUCCUGGUUUUUCUAUUCGAUCACGAGCAAUCUCUCUCUCUCUCUCUCUCUCUCUCUCUCACACACACACACACACACACUGGGUGAUGAGGGCUUCCUGUUUGCUUCAACGAAGGAAGCAUCUAUUUCCCCUUGCCCGCUCUCUCCUCUUCCUCGGCGCUGUUACCACCGCAGCUCUCCUCCUUUUGAUUUCUACUUCCUCCGUUGACCGCUCCACUGACCUACCCGUGCGUUCUAAUGCCGAUCUGCGCCUUGUGGACUUGGAGUUGUCUGCCGAUCCGCGCCUCGGCAAGCCAGGGGAGCGACCGAGGAGGGUGGAGGUGAAUGACGCUCAAGGUGAAGUGGCCAAGCGAGAGGAGAAUACGAUGGAGUCGGUCGAAAGAUCGCGCGGUGGAGCCUCUUGUGCCACCGUAGAAGAGAUGGGAGAGACAUUUGCAGCAGGAUCUCAGAAAGAAAGCCUCAAGAUCAGGGAUUUGAUCCAUCGUCAUUUCUCUCUCCACGGAGCAGCUAGAGUUCGUGGCUUACCCCCAGAUCAGUUUUGUCAAAGAGGUUUCGUUCUAGGAAAAGCAUCAGAAGCUGGUUUUGGGAAUGAAAUGUACAAGAUUUUAUCUGCAGCAGCACUGAGUGUUAUGCUAAACCGAUCUUUGAUCAUUGGUCAAACCAGGGGCUUUUAUCCUUUUGGAGAUUUUAUUUCUUAUACAAACCAUUCAUUUACUCUGAAAGAAGUGAAGCAUCUUUGGAGAAAGCAUGAUUGUGCUGGAAAGUAUGGAAGGAAAUUGUUGAUCAGAAUUGACAAUUUUGAGCGUCCAACAGAAACAAACGUUCUCUGCAGCGAUUGGAGGAUUUGGAAACAGCCUAUCAUAUGGUUGCAAGGCACUACUGAUGCGGUUGCCAUACAGUUUUUUUUAAAGAAUAUAAAUCCUGGAAUGAAGAAUGCAGCUUCAAUUCUUUUUGGAGACACAAAAUUGGUUAAGUCAAGGCCCAAUGUAUUUGGAGAGCUAUUGCGGUUUAUUGUUACUCCUUCACAGGCAAUUUUGGAAGCCAUUAACUGGGUUUUAAAAGGAAAAGAUCCUGAUAUUGCAUUGCACAUGCGCAUGCUAACUAACAGGUCUGCAAGAGCCGUAAAGGCGGCACUUAUGUGUGUUAAGAGGGCAAUGCAUAAUCAUUAUCACAACAUUUCAAAUCCUCGUGUUGUGCUCGUCUCAGACACGCCCUCAUUUAUCAAGGAAAUAACGCCAAAUCUCACUGAAUUCGCAGACAUUCUUCACUUUGAUUACAAUCUGUUCGAGAGUAGCAUUUCUGGUUGGAGAAUGGAUGAGAAAGAGCAGUCUACAGAUUUUAGAGCUAGGGACUGGGGACCAGCACCAAGAUGGGUUGCCUUCGUCGAUUUCUUUCUCGCUUCGCGAGCAAAGCAUGCUGUUGUCUCCGGAGCCCACCGUCGUGUUGGGACAACGUAUGCUCAGCUCAUUGCGGCAUUAGCCGCAGCCAACCGCCAUAGAGAGGAUCAAAUGGACUCGAGCUUUGCAUUCUACAGCAGCUUUCAGAGCAACCUGCUUGUAGAUGGCCUAUCCAAACAAAUAGGAUGGGGUCAUGCUUGGAAUAGGUUUGCCGGCCCACUUAGUUGCUGCCGCCAGCCCCACCAAUGUGCAAUAACGCCGCUCCUCCCGCCGGCCUGGUGGGAUGGGGACUGGCAGAGCCCCAUCCAGCGAGAUGUACGAAGGUUGGAAGCUUACGGUGUUCGGCUGACUCAGAAUGGCCGAGUCAUUGAUGGCUCUCUUGAAACAUACUGUAAAAAGAGAGAAGAUCAUGUCGAGACUAUUCGUGUUUUUGGAUCAUGCAGUGGAACCAAGUGUAAGUAGGCUUGGUGAUCUGUGCAUGGAGAUAGUCUAAAUUUGGUGGUAGAUGAGGCUCCAAAUUUUCCAUCACCCACUUAAUUAUUUUCUGAGCUGUUCAAAUCUCUAUAUAUGUUAAUGAGCAGUGUUAUGAACGGAUGUAAAGAAAUAUUUCAAUUCGACACAUCAGUUUAUUAUCCAAAA